AUGUCAGACAGCAAACAUGCGGGCCUCUCUCCCGCGCUCGUCGAGUCCGUCGCCGGACUCUCGGCCGGCUCGGUCGCGACUCUGGUAGUUCAUCCGCUUGAUAUCGUCAAGACGCGGAUGCAAAUUCAUCGAAGCGCCGCCAACCCGUCAGUCUCACUGACGACAAUGUCACUCAUCCGUAGCCUCACGCAGAACCCUCACCCCAUCGCCUCGCUCUACCGCGGUCUGACGCCGAACCUGAUCGGCAACGCAUCAAGCUGGUCCGCCUUCUUCUUCUUCAAGAACCGCGUUGAGCGCGCCAUCGCCUACUGGAAAGCCGGGCCGCUGCCAACCUCCCGCGGCUCAGGCGCAGAUGCGCGAAGUUCCACAAAGGACGUUCUCUCCUCGCAGGACUUCUUCAUCUCAUCUGCCCUUGCCGGCGCUCUUACGCAAGUUCUCACAAACCCCGUGUGGGUGCUAAAGACCCGUAUGCUGUCCUCUGAUCGCACUGCCGCGGGUGCUUAUACGAACAUGUGGUCCGGUGCGCGCCAGCUGUAUCGCUCCGAGGGCUUGAGGGGCUUCUACCGUGGCCUCGGCGUGAGCCUCAUCGGCGUUUCACAUGGCGCCGUGCAGUUUGCCGUGUAUGAGCCUGCGAAACAGGUGUACUUCGCGGGUAGAAGGCAGAAGGGCGACAACGAAGGGAGGUUGAGCAACGAGGCGACGGUGGUCAUUUCGAGUGUUUCGAAACUGGUGGCAGGUGCCGUAACUUACCCCUACCAAGUGUUACGGAGCAGAUUACAAAACUACGACGCUGACGAGCGGUUUGGGCGUGGAAUCAGAGGAGUGGUCAGGAGGAUAUGGCAGGAAGAGGGAUUCAGGGGCUUCUACCGCGGCCUGAUGCCAGGAGUGGUGAGGGUAAUGCCUGCUACGUGGGUCACGUUCCUCGUGUACGAAAAUGUCAAGUUUUAUCUGCCGCACUGGGCAGAAUAA